UGUUUAUUUUGCAGUUUGGUAAAAGUUCCUGUUUUGUGUACCAAAUACUUGUCACUGAUGUGUCCGAACGUGUUGCUUCGAGCGUCGUUCGUUUUUCGCUUAUGGUGAAGAUAAACGAGGAAAUGAAACCACGGUAGCUUUAGCAGACGACAUAAAAAAACGCUUGGAACGUAACUCUCAUAAGAUAAAAGGUGGAAGUCACUGAAAACGUUAGCCAGCUGUAGGGCUUGAACCCACAUCUUCUGCAUCUCUUAAGACGACGAUGAAGGCACGUAAUAUUUGCCAUGCAUGCGGGUCAACAACCAUAACAACUGAUCGAACAGGACGUGCGAACACGAGAAGUAGAAGUUCUAAGUUGACGAAGUUCAUGACGAGCCUAUGCUCACACCAUGUUUUUCUCAAUCAUCUCCUACAUAUCAUCCACUCAGCCAGUUUUUCAUAGUGUGCUAAAUCCUCGCGCUUAAAUCACAAACUGCCAGUAAGCGCCAGUUUUGACGAAGAAGAAGAGGAAGUGUUCCGCGUGGAAAAACGCCUGCAAGGCACGUGCGCGUGCAUUGCUUGCCUGUUUUUUUUUUUUUGUUUCACUAGUUUCACGUUCUUGUCGCAUACAAAGCGACAAAACGUAAUCGCCUCCGUCUUCGGCAGCCAUGGCUACUACGAACAGCUGUCAACGUUUGAAAGAUAUCUUACAGGGAAAGACCAUAAAUCCUCGAAGGCCCAAAUCCGACUCCAGUAAUAUUGGUAACCUAGAACACAAGCUACCAGCACUUACAACCACAGUUCAACAGCUCCCAACAGAAAUUUUUCCCAACAAAAACUCUACUAAGGCUAAAGUGCUUCGCCUGAGGAACAUUUUACACAAGGGUGACGAAGUCAGUGAUUUGAUACAGAAACCUGCAACGCAGGUGACAAGUCCACCAGUAGCUUCACGUGAACCACAACCUAGUCCUGACGCUCAACCACAGACGGAUCCGCUGCUAUCAAGGCCUAAUACACCUGACGUGCACGUGACAAAUUGUGAACCAGAAGAGAACAAACCCAUCCGGUCACCCACGGUCGACAGACUGAAACGGAUUUUAGCAAAGAAAGGAACUCCACGGGUCUGCAAGUCGCACGACGUAGAAGCAACCACCGAGAAAGUCUGCAACGAAAAUGUUGCAUCCGGCGAUAGCAGCAGCGGAACUAUGGGAAACUGCGAGACCCUCGACGUUGGAUCUGCCGCCGAGGUAGUUGUCAGCGAAAAGGUGGAUCCCACAUCCUGUGUGGAAGGAGCAACGAGGUCCGACAAGCGAAAGCGAGCGUCGAAAUUACGUGUCACCUUCAGUGAAACCACGUCCAUUAUUCCAACGUCUGGCAGCAGCACGCCAGAGCCUCAAGACGUCCCCAGCCAGAGACAACAACGCAAGAUAGCAAAACGUCACCUGCCACAAAGCACCCGCACCGACGUAGUCGUCGUCGGAGUUCGCUCCAACUUCAUAUACGUUCAAGAAACUUCCAUGCUCCGCGAACUGGUGAACACGAUGCAGGCCCUGCAAUCCGCGAUCCCCGACGAACCGCAAGUCCCGGGCGUCCCGGAACCGCACACCUACGUCGCGGCGCUACGGCCGGAAGACGGGACGUGGUACCGGGCACGCGUCGAACGGGAGCGGGGUGCCGCUGUCGAAGUGUUCUACGUCGACUACGGAAACAAAGGAACAGUUGGCACGGAAAAUUUAAGGUCGCUCCCGGCACCGUUCCUCGACGUUCCCGCGUUUGCGAUGUCCGUCAGGCCGCAGGGGGUCGACGAGGUCGACGCGGGCAUCAUCGCUUAUUUGCGGGGACAAGUUUUCGUUGCAGAAGUCGUCGAAUGCGUCGAAAAGCAGCGUGUCGUGAGACUGUACGAAAAAGAAAGCGGGCAGUGCAUCAACGAAUUGUUGAAAGACCUGAUAGAAAUAUUGAAAGAAAAUUUGGAGUGAUGCGGCGCUGUUGUGCUGCGUUGCCGCACGAUUUUUAGUGUGGAUGUGUGAAAUGAGUUUCACAAAGUUCAAUGUAAUAAUGAGCCUGUACUAUGUUUAGACCCUGAAGUUUUCGGGUUUUAUAUUUUUCCAAACUCGGGGGUGGGGGGGGGGGGGGUAGAAAUCGGGUCAAUAAAUUGAUGUAGAAAAUUCGUGCAAAUUCGGGCAGAAAAAUUACCAUCUAACUGAGUUCGGGGAGAAAUCGGGCAUUAUUGUAGAAUAAACGUUCACUGUACCGUUUAUCCAGAGUGCCAGAAGUAAGGGGCAGUCGCAUAUUUUGUGAGAAACUAGUAUGUCGAUGCCUUGAGGUGCCUAGCCUAGGUGCAGUUUUGCAGAUAGAAAUCGGGUUUAACCCUAGAUAGGUGAACCUCAUUUCAGGGCGCAAAUUCGGGGAAAAAUCGGGUUUAACCCUAAAAACUUCAGGGUCUAACUAUGUUUUGAUUAGAUAACGAGUGCAAUGGCAUGACGAAUUUUAGGGGGGGGACAGCUUAGCUGUAGGGUGGUGAACAUCAACCAAGAUAAGUGUCAAUGAACUGGAAGUCUAGCAUAUGUCUGCCUAGGUUUGUGCAUUUUUCACAGCUGUGGGCUUUAAAACUGAUGAAAGCAGAUAAGGAUAUAAUGGAUUUAAUUUGUGUCAAUCAAGAAGCUCUGUUGUUAUUGCAUGCUUUUCCUGAUCCUGUCAGUUUUUUUUUUUUCUUUGUCUCUGUUUUGGAAAUAUUAUCACGUUUGUUAUCGUGAAAUAGUUGAAAUAUGUAUUAAAGAUUUCCAUGCCUUUAAGUCAUGUUGACUACAGGCUCUCUACACUUUCUAUUCAAACAUAAGGUGCGUGCAUGUUAGAAUCUGCCAACGUUACAGUGUAGGCAUUUUAUAGAGCAAAUUCAUUAAAAUUAAAUUGAAUAAUUAUAAUUAAAUUCAUUUUAAAAGGGA